GCGGUCGAAAGCACAAGUUUUAGUUGGAAUACCAAUGGAAAUUAUGGUUCUUAUGACGUUUCCUAGCACUAUUCGCCACUCUCAAGUCGUUAUAAAUUUGUAUUGCUUAAGUCCUACCUGCCAACAGACGAACAACUACAUCAAGCAGCCCAAACCUACUCUCACUUUGACAUAAAUUCAUCUUACAUUAAUUUUAUGUGAAUCAGUUAUUAUACAAAUUGCCAAUUGGAACUCGAUAAUCGACCUUUUUAGUAUAUCGAAGCCUUGUCACAUCACUAUUUGGUUGUUUUUGCCGGUUUUACUUUAAUAAAUCUGAAAUAACAGCUGAUACAUCAUUAAUAAAUAUGUCCUCUGAAAUACGAUUGUUGUCGUCGGGCUCUCCAAAUCCAAUUGCUUCCUUAACCAGUAAGCGUUGGAAUAGUUUACGUCACAUCUUAGAGCGACCGGGACCAUUCUGUAAAGCUGAUUUCACAGCAUCUGCGGAGAACUUGGAGGCUUUGCAAAAUGGACUGAAAAUUCUUGUUAUUGGUGCUGGCGGAUUGGGUUGUGAAUUAUUGAAAGAUCUUGCAAUGAUGGGAUUUGGCAAUUUACAUGUUAUAGAUAUGGACACUAUUGAAUUAUCCAAUUUGAAUCGUCAGUUUCUUUUUAGAAGAAAAGAUCUUGGCUUAUCAAAAGCAGAAUGUGCUGCGCGAUUUAUAAACGAACGUGUAUCCACUACACGCGUAACACCGCAUUUUGCUAAAAUUCAAGAUUUCGAUGAAAGAUUUUAUUCCCAAUUCCAUAUUAUUGUUUGCGGUUUGGACUCGAUAGUUGCGCGACGCUGGAUAAAUGGUAUGCUUAUUUCCAUGUUAGACUACAAUGAUGAUGGCAGCGUUGACCCAUCUACAAUUAUACCGCUAAUUGAUGGUGGGACAGAAGGAUUCAAAGGCAAUGCUCGCGUAAUCUUGCCAGGCUUCACAUCGUGCAUUGAGUGUACGCUAGAUCUGUUUCCUCCACAGGUAACAUACCCACUAUGUACAAUAGCCAAUACACCGCGAUUACCAGAACAUUGUAUAGAAUAUGUCAAAAUAAUACAAUGGGAUAAGGAGAAUCCAUUUAAUGUGCCAUUGGAUGGUGACGAUCCACAACACGUAGCUUGGGUAUACGAACGUUCCCUAGAGCGUGCCAACCAAUUUAAUAUAUCAGGAAUCACAUAUAGGUUGGUGCAAGGCGUUAUUAAAAAUAUCAUUCCAGCCGUGGCUAGCACCAAUGCGAUUAUUGCCGCUGCUUGUGCUACUGAGGUUUUCAAGUUGGCAACAAGCUGUUAUGAUAGCAUGAAUAAUUAUAUGAAUUUUAAUGACAUUGACGGCAUAUAUACUUACACUUAUCCACCGGAAAAAAUUGAAACAUGUUUAGCUUGUAGCAAUACUCCACAAGAUUUAAAUGUUGACGAUCCAAAUACAACAACACUUGAUGACCUAAUUAAAAUACUUUGCGAUAGUCAACGUUUUCAAUUGAAAAGCCCAGGUUUAACUACAAUCAUUAGCGGAAAAAAUAAAACCCUUUAUAUGUCAUCAGUAAAAAAUAUAGAGGAACAAACACGUGCCAAUCUCACUAUGUCCCUCGCUGAGCUGGGUCUUUACGAUGGGGCCACUAUUAUGGUUAGUGAUAUCAAUAUGCCCACCACAAUUACAUUGAUAUUGAAAUACCAUCCCAAUGAAGUGGAAAUGAAAUAAGCUUUUGCUUUUAUAGAAAAACCACACUGUUUUGUAUUAUCGUUAGUGCCGUAAUUAAAUUGCGAGAGAAUACGUUGAGUGCGUUUAUUACAACUAAUUAGCUAAUAAAAUAAAUUAAAUUUAUUUUUAAUGGA